AUGGCAAGUUUAUGGUGUCUUUUGAUGUGCGUCAUUAUUGGGUUUGGAGUAUCAUUUGGAUUCUCUGUGUUGAUCCUAUGGCUUGUUUUCAUAACCCACAAGAUCAAAUUCAAUGUAACCGAUGCCACUCUCACCCAAUUCAACUUCACCAACAAUGACACACAACUCCAUUACAAUCUUGGUGUUUACUUCACCAUUCGAAACCCUAAUGAACAAGUUGGUAUCUACUAUGACACCAUUGAAGCAACUACAAGCUACAAAGAUCAAAACUUUCACACCAGAUUGCUAACCCCUUUUUACCAAACCCCAAAGACGACAAGCCUACUUAAAGGACGGUUUGAAGGGCAGCAGCUUGUGGUAAUCGCAAACAACAAAGUUUCUGAAUUCAAUACUGAAAAACUUGCUGGGGUUUAUUCAAUUGAUGUGAAAUUUCGUCUUUCAUUGAGAUUGAAAUUUGGGCUUUAUAAAAUCAUUAGAGUUAGGCCUAAAGUGGGAUGUGGAUUCCAACUUCCAUUGAAUUCUAGUGGAACCUCGUCAUUUCCUUGGUUUCAGACUGCUAUUGGUUGUCAUGUUGAUUAUUGA